GAGAAAAUCAAUUUUAUGUCAAAAUUGAUUUUUUUUAAACAUAAAUAACCACUUAAUUAUUUCCCCAAGAAUAGACAGAUAAAAUUACUACAAAUUUCUAUUUGUUCAAAAGAUUUUUCGGUAUAAUGACUGACGAUGAUGUUGCUUCCACUGUUCCUGAGCCAGACAUGCGGGCGGAGUUCAUUACGGAAUACGCCUGCCAGUGCUUUAGGAUAAACUCGUUGAAAGUUGGAUCAGACGAGUUUAAGGAUACUCUUUUAAAGUUUGUCGAUCGCCAGGAGUAUAAUGUCAUGGUGCUCAGCUUACCUGCUGGUACUCCACAGCCCCAAAUUCACUUUGGUUGGCCUUCAUUGGACAAAAUCAAAUCUCACAAAUCGGUGUUUUUCUUUAAGAGGCGUCCAAAUACCGUUGUUCCAAAAGAAGACUUCAAACUUUACCUGAGAUACGGAGAACUUUCUACAAGCGUUCUGAAUCAGUUGGCAGUCACAUCUCAGCGUAUGUACAUGCCAAUGAUAUCAAACAACUCUAACCAUCUUCGAUGGCCGAAAGUAGUCUCAAGGGAUCUCAUCGACCACACGCACCAGUUGAAUAAUAGAAUUUAUGUGGUGACAGGGUUGAUUCUUGAUCAAACAGUGUUGACACAGCCGCUCGGGAUCGAGAACUUGAAUCACCGCAACAUUCAGUACAAUAAUCUCACGGACUCUGACAGGACCCUGAUACACAGAAUUGAGUCAACGGUGAUAGGAUGGUCGCAUCAGCUGUACAGUGUCCUUUGUACAGACUCUUCCCAGCCCCUUCUCGAGGAUAAGGAACCCACACCGUACGUCGAGAUCAAAUUUUGGCAGAGGAAGGCACUCAAUUUGCAGUUAAUCCAUGACCAGAUGUCGAAGCCCGACAUGGUGGAGAUGGGAGAGGUACUGAAGCAACACGACAGCGCCUACUACCCUUCUCUCCAAUCCCUCUACUCCCAAGUUGAAUCAGGCAUCGAGGAAGCGAGAGACAUUUCAGUGCAUCUGAAGCCGCUCAAGUUCAAACUGGACAGUAUGCAGCAGGAGGACUUCACAGAUAUGGGGCCACACCUGAAAGCCUGCAUGCACACCCUUGCCCUCAUCUGGGUCCACUCUCGCCACUAUCGCACCCCUGGAAGAAUCAUUGUGGUGCUGCAGGAAAUGUGCAACCUCAUUUUGUCCAUGGCGAGUACACUUUUCUCACCAACUUCACCUCAUCAACUUCACAUCAUCAACUUCACCUCAUCAACUUCACAUCAUCAACUUCACCUCAUCAACUUCACCUCAACAACUUCACCCUCUAUCGCCAAAGUUUUUUUCUUAUCUCCAAUAUCCAAUUGGUUCGGAAAGCUUAGGAAGAAGAAAUAUAAACAGAACUGCUCAACUGAACUGUCAGCAUUUCAUUAAUAAAUUUUAAAAUAACAACAGUGCUAAUGAA